CGUCCGUCAAAGAAGUCGCUAAACUUGGAACAUUUUCCCCAGGUCGAGGAUGAGCUAACGAUAAGAAUGCUUCGUUUUGGGGGCGACAAGAUGGCUGUUUUGUCGGCUUUAUGGCGAGCUCUACGACUGGACGCGUUCCUCACUUGGGCUCGUCAGUUUCCGCUAGCCAGCUGCCUGCUCGCCGCCUUGUUGGCCGCCACAAUCCUGUUCCACAGGUACCUCCACAUCCUAAUUGGAUUGUGGUCUUUCUUAGUGGGUGUGGUUACCUUCUAUUGGGCUCUGGAACCCGAGUCACUGCUCCCAAAUGUCUUGUUCGCGAGCAAAGCGCCACGCAAGUGUCAGGAACCGGAGCUGUUUCCUUUGGGUCGCAGCUGUGCCGUGUGCGGGAAGGUGAAAUGCAAGCGGCAUCGCCCGACGUUGCUACUGGAGAACUACCAGCCGUGGGUGGGCCUCGAGAUUCACUCCAAGGUGGACACGGCCAUCACAGAGGUGUUUGAGCUGGUUCUGGAGAACUUCGUGUAUCCUUGGUACCGGGACAUCACGGAUGACGAGGCGUGCGUGGACGAGCUUCGUUUGAGCUUCCGCUUCCUAGCGUCCGUGUUGGUCCGCAGAGCUCGGAAGGUAGACCUCCCGGCUGUCUUCGGCGACCACGUGAUGAAAGCCGCCGUCAAGCACGUGGAGGUUCUGGCUAAAGCCCGCGCUCGAGUCCAUCAAGGUCUGACGCUGCAGCAGGCAGCUCUGGAGGAGUACGGCGUUGACCUCCACGUGGCCGUGCGCAGCCGCCAGGAUGAGCUGCUCUACCUCAGGAAGCUCAGCGAGAUGCUCUUCCCGUACUUGAUGCCGCCAAAAGCCGGCGAGUGCAGGUCGCUGGCACUGCUGCUGCGGGAGGUCUUGACAGGGACCGUCCUGCUGCCCACCAUGGACUUCACGGCCGACCCGGACACGGUCAACUUAAUGGUGCUCAAGUUGGUUGACGACUCACCGCCUGAAGCCGCCAGCGAAGCGCCGUCCGCUCGUGUUCCGUUCCUGCGCAAAUACACCGACCGCGGCGGCAACAAGCUCUCGGUUCUCAAGUUGGAGCUCAAACAGAUCCGAGAGCAGCAGGACCUUCUCUUCCGCUUCAUGAACUUCCUAAAGCGGGAGGGCGCCGUGCACGUCCUUCAGUUCUGCCUGGCCGUGGAGGAGCUCAACGCCAAGGUCUUGAAUCCGGAGCUGUGCGACUCGGAGCUGCGCCGUCUGCACGGCGAGGUUGUGCACAUCUACCAGACGUACUGCGUGGACGAGAGCGUAGACAAGAUCAACUUGGACCGAGCCACGGUGGACGACAUCAGGAACGUGGCCGUCGGUCCGUACGGCGCCGUGGUCAAGCUGCAGACCACGCGGUGCCUCUUUGAAGCAUACGAGCACGUCUUGUCGCUCCUGGAGAACGUCUUCACGCCAAUGUUCUGCCACAGCGACGAGUAUUUCAGACACCUGCUGAAAGGAGCCGAGUCGCCAGCCAGGAGCUCGCGUGUCAGCAGGUCGGUCUCACAAUCCCCAACUCGCAGGUUCUUUCAUCACUAAUCAGUCAACGGUUACACGGCGGCCAGGAACGCCUCCAAGCGCGGCGAGUCCUUUGGGAUCGCCAGGAUCGGCAGUAAAAUCAAAGGCGUGUUCAGGAGCACCGCCACGGAGGGCGCCGUCUUGCCGCCCAGCGCCACCGCCGAGGCUGACGUCAAUGCGGUGGAGGAGGCCAUGGCGGUGGUGGAGGAGGAGGCGGAGGAGGAGGACGACGCAGCCGUCCCCGCCACCGCGGGCAGUCUGAGGAAGCUGUCGGCCUGGACCGUCACCAUUCCCUACGUGGACUUUGACGAGGAUGAAGCCAAGAGAGAGAAGAUUCCCGUCUUCUGUAUCGACGUAGAGCGCAACGACAGAAAGGAAGUCGGACACGAUCCCGAGAGUUGGUCCAUCUACAGAAGAUACUUGGAGUUUUACGUGCUGGAGUCCAAGCUGACAGAGUUCCACGGCACCUUUGCUGACGCGCAGCUGCCCCCCAAACGCAUCCUGGGACCCAAGAACCACGAAUUCCUCACCUCCAAGAGGGAAGACUUUGAGGACUACCUCCAGAAACUGCUGCGCUGCCCGGAGCUCAGCAACAGCCAGCUGCUGGCCGACUUCCUGUCUCCUCACGGCACGGGCUCUCAGUUUACGGACAGGAUACUUCCCGACGUCAACUUGGGCAAGAUUUUCAAGUCCGUCCCGGGGAAGUUGAUGAAGGAGAAAGGUCAGAACCUGGAGCCGUUCAUCCAGUCCUUCUUCAACUCCUGCGAGUCGCCAAAAGCCAAACCCGGCCGGCCUGAACUGAUCGUCCUCAGCCCGAGCGCUGACGCCAACAAGCGGCUCAACAACCAGAUCUUCAGCAAGGAGCCCGCCACAGCCCGGGUGGGGAAGGCGGGCCAGCGCAACCGCCGUCGUUCGGCGGAGCUCGGCGUGGACGGCAUGUACGACUACCUACUGCACGUGGGUCGAUUGGUGUUCCGGAUGCCGCGCUGGCUGGAUCAUUUGCUGUCGGCGAGCAGGAUGGUCCUCAAGAACACCUUGGAGGCCUACGCGGAGCAGCGGAUGCGUAGCAAGAUGGACGCCAUCCUGCAAGAGCACCGCCUGGUCUUGCUCAUCACCCAACUACGAGACGCCAUCUUCUCCAAAAGCGCGGAGGAGCGCGACGGCCCGGCCAAGGCGGCGCGAGCCAGGAGGACCUUUGAGGAGAUGACGGCCUAUCUGCCCGACGCCCUCGGGAGGUGCCUCGGCGAGGAGGCCAAACGUGAGGGGGUCCGGCUCCUCUUUGAGGGCCUCCAGCAGCCGCUCCUCAACAAGCAGAUGUCCUAUGUGCUGCUGGACGUGGCUGUGCUGGAGCUCUUCCCUGAACUGCGCCGCUGAGCAAGCAAGGAGGGGCGCCAGGCCAGCUCGAUGGACGGAUGGAAGGAAGGAGCAAGGAGGGGCGCCAGGCCAGCUCGACGGACGGACGGACGCAAAAACACUUCCUCCAAAUUGAUGUGAUGAACGAGUUGGCAAAUGCUUUUUAUUUCUCUGCUAUACUUGGAGUUUGUCUUCAUGGCCAGAUUUUGACUCGACAGAAUAUUCAUAAUAAAAAUAAAUGAUUCUAC